AUGAUGCUGCAGGUUGCAGGAUGGAUGCAUUCCAAUUCGCCAAAAUCACAGGGUAGCUUUGCAUCAACAAUACGACGCAAGGGAUGUUCCACAACAGUGACCCAUCACAUGUUCAAAUCGAAAAAUGCCGAUGUACCAAAUAAAGAUUGGAUGGAUAAUUCAAAUACAACAACUAUCACUAGUAGUACUACUACUACUACUACUACUUCAAACAAUGCACUACAAAUCAAUCUACAAAAGUUAAUAUUAGAUUUCAAUAUAGAGAAUAGUAUAUUCUUUUAUGGUUCUGCAAUGAGUAAAGAGACUGUACAAUUGUCAUUGGUGUCUUGGCGGUGGUUUAAUUGGGUGUCAGAGUAUUACAGUAAUUCAUUGACAAGUGCAUUGGGAUUCAAUGUAAAGUUUGCAGGAGGUGAUUCUGUACAACAAAAACUAGCUUCAAAGUACUGUCUCUUUAAACAUAUCAAUCAUUGGCGAUUUGAUAUUACUGGUCUUAAUUUAUUAAAGGUCACCGAUGAUAUGGUCCAUCAAGCUUUAAAACAACAAUUAGAACAAAAACAACAACAUCAACAACAAUUACAACAAUCAUCACCAAAUAAUAGUAACAAUGGUAAUAAUAAUAAUAAUAAUAUUGGUAAAGAAAAAAAAAAGGGAUAUUCUUUAUUUAAUUUUUUUAAAUCUAAAAAGGAUCAACCUACAACUACAACUAUUACUUCUACUACUUCUACUACUUCUGCUACACCAUUGGUUGAACCAUUAUUUGAAGAUAAUGUAUUUCAAAAGUUUCAUUCACCAAGACAUUAUAGUAAAGAAAGAAUAGAAUUUUAUAAAGAGAGUUUUCCAAAUGGAAUCUCUACUCUUAUCUAUUACUAUUCAGAGAGGGAUUCUAAAAUGGAGUUACAACAGGCAGAGGAAUUGGCAGCUAUCAUUGAAUUGUCUAAACAAUCGUUGACUGCUUUUACCAUUAUACAAGAUUCUAUACCACACUAUAUUUCGACGACGAUAGCUGCUUGUAGUAGUAUAACGUCGUUGUCAGUUUCAGUACCUGCUCAACAAUUACAAAUGCCUUCGUUUAUAUCAUUGGUAGAGACGGUUGCAAAGGGACCGAUACAUACAAUGUCCUUUUACAGUAAACUUAGCUUUUCAUUUGACCCGUCCAACCAACAACACCUGACCGACAAUAUAGUGACGGCAUUGGAAAAUACAGACUUGAAAAACAAAUUAACAACUCUUUGGUUGGAAUGUUUACCAACUCAACCUCUGGCAACUCUAUUGGUACAAUAUGUCAAUGUUAAAAAGUUUGUUCUUUUGCCACCAGCACUUGGUUCCUUGACCUAUACACCAUUGCUCGAACCAUUCUUUCAAAACAGAAAUCUUAAAGGUAUAACAAUACCAUUGGAUUUGGAUCGAUCUGUAGAGAUUGAUGAGAAUAUUGCUGCAAAUCUUGCCAAACUAUUCCCCAACCGUAUUCAACUAAAGGAUAAUAUCGAGUAUUUUAGUAUUAGUCUGUUUAAACCAUGUGCUGGUAUAUUGGAUGCAGUAUUUUAUCCCUUACCUACAUCUAUCCACAGUCUAAGACUAUUAUCGUAUUCAAGACUACUUGUACCACUUGAAAUAGAUUGUCUGGCACCUCUAAAAUCUAGUCUCCAAGAAGUAUCUAUUAUGGUUCACAUGGACAGUCUAUUUAGAUUCCUAGACUAUUUUGAUGGAUGUACCCAGUUGACAAAAGUGUCGUUGGGGAUCACCGAGUAUUCUGGUAGAGAGACCAAAUCACCCAGUAACUUUAUAUCGUAUCUCAUCGACACUUAUGGUGCAAGAUUGUCCCAAUUAAUCAACAAGACAACCAUUACAUCAUUCAAUCUAUCUAUACCGGUACCUUCUCCACAUUAUAGUGCCGAUCCAGCUCCAAAUUGUAGAGGUUAUACCUAUGAUAAAACAAAUGCUCUAUCAUUCUAUUUGAAAUGA